GAUAUUUAAAUAGACAAUCCACCAUGUUUAAACGGUGGCUUAUAGCUCUGCUGCCCCGGGUCGGCCUUCUUGUCCUGGGCCUCUGCUGCUGUCUGUCCCUGUUCUACCUCCUGGCCUGUAAACCAACCUCUCACAGCAGCCAGCAGUCUCUGCUGUGGUCUGGAGGGGCCACCAGUAAGGAGGGAUACAUGGCCUUGUUGCAGGAGAGGGAGGACUCUCACAGACAUUACAUUAACAGCUUAACAAAGCAGAUAGCCCAGCUAAAGGAGGCUCUCCAGGAGAGGACGCAGCAGCUUCAGGAGUCCCUGGAUAAAGCUAAAAUAAAAGGGAUUCUGCCUCACGGUGUGGCGAGUCUGCACAAAACCCCGACACUGUCUGACCUGAAGGAGUUCUUCCACUCCCAGCUGAGCCAGGCGGAGGUGAACUCAGGUGUAAAGCUGCCCAGCGAAUAUGCAGUGAUUCCUUAUGACACUUUCACCCUGCGUAGGGUGUACCAGCUGGAGACAGGGCUGACCAGGCACCCGGAGGAGAGGCCUGCGAGGAGAGAUCGCAGAGACGAGCUGAUAGGUACAGUGGAAACAGCUCUGCACUACCUGAAUGGACCUCAGCAACACACAGACAACACCAGGCGGAAGCACACAUACUCCCCUCCAGACUUCAUAGAGGGGUUGACUCGUACAGAGCGGGACAGAGGAACCGUUUACGAGCUGAUGUUUAAAGGAGACGGCCCACGGGACUUCAUACAGCUCGUGCUCUUCAGGCCAUUCGGUCCUGUGGUGAAGGUUAAGAGCGAGAGCGUAGACACGCACAGCAUGCUGAUCAACAUCAUCGUACCUCUUUCCAAGAGGGCGGACGCAUUCAGGCAGUUCAUGAACAACUUCAGAGAAGUGUGCAUUCAGCAGGAUGGCAGGGUUCAUCUCACUGUUGUCUACUUUGGUCGAGAUCAGAUCGGCCAGGUGAAAGCCAUGCUGGACCAGACAACCAGAGAGACUCGGUUCCGGAGCUUCACUUUGAUCCAGCUGAAUGAGGAGUUUUCUCGCGGGCGGGGCUUGGAGGUGGGCGCCAGGGCUUGGAGGCGGAGUCAGAAUGUCCUGCUCUUCUUCUGUGAUGUUGACAUCCACUUCACUGCUGACUUCUUAACUUCCUGUCGUCUCAACGCAGAGCCUGGUAAGAAGGUGUACUAUCCAGUGCUCUUCAGCCAGUACAACCCAUCUAUCAUCUACAGUAAUCAGACAAUUCUACCCUCUGUUCAACAACAACUGGCGAUAAGAAAGGAAACUGGAUUUUGGAGAGACUUUGGGUUUGGCAUGACGUGCCAGUACAGGUCUGAUUUCAUCAACAUAGGUGGUUUUGACCGCAACAUCAAAGGCUGGGGGUUAGAGGACGUGCACUUGUACAGGAAGUACCUUCACAGUAAGCUGAUGGUGAUUCGCUCUCCGUCUCGCAGCCUUUUCCACUUGUGGCACGAGAAGAACUGUGCAGAUGAGCUCCCUCCAGACAAGUACAAGAUGUGUAUGCAGACCAAAGCAAUGAGCGAGGCCUCGCACGGCCAGCUGGGGGAGCUGGUUUUCAAACGAGAGAUUGAGCUCCAUUUGAACUCCCAGAAGCAGAAAAACAAGGUAACUUAAUGAGGACAAUUCAGCUGCGGUUGGUGAUGAGAUAACAGGACUUUGGUGAUAUUAUUAGUCACUGUUAUGUAUGUUCUUGUUUUCAAUGGUAAUUUAUGUUUACUUACAUUAAUUAUUCAGCUUCAAACAAAAGGCGAUUUACUGUGUUUUUCUACGGACACAUAAACUUGUGCAAAACUGACAUCAGAACAAAUGGCUGGUCAAUAAUGUGUCAAUAAAAAUGGAUUGUAUAAUUUAUUUGUCCACUGUAUAUUUUCUUUCCAUAGAGAAGUCAAAGAGGGAAUAUGGCAAAAGCUGCCAUUAAUAUUUUGUGUGGUUUAAUGUGGUUUCCCAAAAUGUUUUUUCUGUCAUGCAACAAACAAUCCCCUGCAUAUUUAUCUUUCCAAAUGUAUGAACGUUUUCAUUACUGCGCAAACGUGUAAUAAAAGGUAGCAUUUUAUUG